AAAUGGAAAGCGGUUUAGGGUGGGCUGGCUAUUGGACUCGCUCCUCUGCACUCAAAUCUCUCUGUAAGAGGACAUGGGGAAGGAAACUGCUAUUUGGGACGAUUCUGUCCUAAUUCAGGCCUUCGACGACGCCAUGAACAAGUUCAAGGUGAUGCAUAACGGUCAAAGAAUCUCUACAAAUGCAAAAGAGGCUGUGAGUGAUGGGAUGAAGAAUAAAGAGGCUGAUAUUGAUGAAAUCGAGAGAGGUAACAAAGGGGAGCAUCCUGCUGGAAGUACUGGGUUAGAAAAUCCUUCUGAAACAAACAUACCUAUAGGUACCACUGACGAGCAUCUUCAGGUUCCUGAUUCAUGUGUUUCGGAGACCAAUGCAGAUGAUUCAGGGGGCAUUCCUGUGCCUGAAAAUGCUGGGGAGUAUACAAAUUCACAUGCUGAAAAUUAUACACAGUUGUAUAAUCAAUACUUGGAGCUUGAUAAACAGAUGAACGAGGUUCUAAAUGAGCUCUAUCACUCAAAUUACUGGAAAUAUUCAGUGUCAGGUCAGGAAUCUCGUACUUCUACGCUAUGGAAUGCAGGUGAUUCGUCCCAUUAUGCUACCAUUCAAGGAGAGCAGCCUUGUUCCUGUUACUGUCUUGGUGCCUAUUGGCCUUUGAGCCCGCCUUAUAUCCAAUGUCAAUCUGUUGGUAAAAGCAAUACUCAUUCAUGUCAACCAAUGAUGACAAAAAACGCUCUGAAGCCAUCACCUCCUAUGGAUGAUAAUGUAGUAAAGAAGGUGAUGGGGGCAGCUGAAAAGGUGAUUCCAUCUACAAAAACAAAGGUUUCUGUGCCCUCUAAUGCUUGUGAAGGUGAGCAUAAAGCUGAAGAAUUGGAGGAUAAAGAAUGGGAGGAUCAUAAUUCAGAAACCGACAUAUCUGUAGUCAUAAAUGCUUGGUAUGCCGCCGGCUUCUACACUGGCAAGUAUUAUUCAGAGCAGUCAACAAAGAGGCGCCAACCCUAAUACUGUGUUGAUGGUGGAAUGCCUUUGCUUUAAAUAGUUCUGCUCUUGAUGGUGGAAUGCCUUUGCUUUAAAUAGUUCUGCUCUCUGUGUGUGUGUGUGUGUGUGUUUUCGAUUUUGGAGGAUUCCAUAGAAAGAAGAUACUUGAAAGAAUUUUGGAUGAUAGGGGUUUUCCCUUACACAAUCAGUUGUAUAGGAAUGGCCCAAUAUCGGUUCUGUGAUCGGAUAAUUUUUUGUCUUACAAAUGUAAAAAUGUUAGAACCAUGAACGUUAAAAAUUGAUAGGGCCAUGAAACGUAAGACCAUGGUCCCUUUUUUUGUAUACAAAAAGUUACUUCUCACAUGCAGUUUUUCAUCU